AUGUCUCAAGCGUCAUCAUCCUCCAACCUCUAUGCCUCGACGUCGCGAUGGCAGCCGACUCGUUUCAUCUCGCCCAUCGCCACUCCCUCCGUCCCCUCUGUACCUUCGACGCCAAUGCCUCCGGUAAUGGCAGAGGGUCGAUGGCGACACCACGCCAUCCCAUCACCAGCGCUGCCAACGCAGCCUUCGCUAUUCGGCACCCCGCUCGCACCGCCGCCGCCUGCCCAACAGCGUACUUCGUCGGUUGGACCAAUUCGGUCUCAACCCCUAAGGGCAAGGCAAGCGGCACAGCCCGGCGCUACCUUUAGGUGGAGCGCUAAAAGGUAUUUUUUGACGUACGCUCAGAUUGGGGACCGACCAUCCGACAUGGUCAGGGAGUUCUUCGAGAACUGUAACCCCAAACCAUCGACGUGGAAGGUGGCAGUGGAAUCCCACCAGGACGGUGGGAAACACUGGCACGUCAUCGUCCAAUUCGACCAGGCGAUCCGAUCUCGUAGAGCGGAUCUAUUCGACAUUGAUGGACUGCAUCCGAAUGUCGUCACGCUUAAAUCUCAUCGCGACCUCCUUACGCGAUGGGAAUAUAUCCAUAAGGAGGAGGGAGCCGAGAUCUUCGGACCAUGGCAGGGACCAUCAGGUAAUGCCGAGGUCCAGGACCUCAAGGAGGGGAAGCGUGACGAACGCUUCGUCUAUAUCCGCUCCGCGACCACUAGGGACGACUUCGAGGACCGUGCCAAGGAACUCGCCCCGUACGAAUGGAUUAUCCACCAUGACAAAUUUAUGUCAUUCGCGGAUAAACACUGGAAGGCUCAACGACCCGCUUACGAGUCGAAAUGGACGGAGUUCCCACGUCUGCCAGCCACGUUGGCAGAAUGGGCGUCAGGUGAGAUGAAAAACCCUGACCGUCCUAAGACCCUAUGCGUAUGGGGUCCAUCUCGGACCGGAAAGACCGAAUGGGCAAGGUCAUUAGGUCCACAUAUUUAUAUGAAUGGCCAGCUUAACGCCGCCAAAUUAUUUGAAUUGGACGGCGAUCAAGAACCCGAGUACUUGGUAGCUCGACGACAUGGACAUAGACCGCUUCUGUACAUGCGAAAGCGCACAGUGUUCUGGGGUAAGCCAUGUAUUUGGCUCAACAACAAGAACCCCCUCAACACGACGGUCCACGACGUCGAUUGGUUGAAGGCGAACACCGUGGUCUACAACCUAGACCAUCCCCUUUACAACGAUCCAGCGCCACCUAACCCCCCACCAGUAGUACCUACUCCGGACUUAGGUGAGCCCAUCGUAUGGGUGCCGACACCGCCACCUGUACUCCAUCAUCCGCAGCCAAUUGCUGCGCCGACGGUCUAUUUAGAAGACUUGUACCCUAACUGGCCUAGACUUAGAAAUUAG